AUGGCGAUAAACAUCUUACAAAUAUCGACAGUUUUAUUAAGAGCUCGUGCUCGUAUAUUUUUCUCGUUUCAGUUGAUACCGCUCGUCUUAUUCAACGCUUGCGUGAUGCUCGCCGUACCCUCCAUGAUCUAUCAUAGAUUCUUCGUUACUACGAUUGACGUUCAGUUGACCGAUUACCAAAGAUUUGAAAUUCCGUCGGUACCGAGAUUUUACGACCUGAGGAAUCCUCGUAGUUUGAAGUUGAUUCAGUUGAAAGAAUGGAAGCCGGCCAUUCAUCUCGACAAUCGCUACAGAUUGAUGAGACACGAACCGAUGUUAGAUGCUGACGGCAACGUGACCAAUAUGCUUGGAGAAGAUUGUAAUUGAGAAGAGAGAAAAAAAUCGCAUAAAAUUUUAAUAGCCUCAAAUUUAAAUACAAUUAUUGCAAUGCAUUGUAACGGCGUUAACGGUAUUUUAUGACAGGAGGAAGAAUUUCUCAAGUGAAUAAAAAAAGAGAUUUAAUCUAAUAAGAUGUCAUAUAUUCUCGUUGCAUACCGAAUAUUAUUUGCAAAAGACAUCAAUCGAACGCAG